AUGCUGCAGCGCAUCUACGGCACGGCGUGGGAGAGCGAGGCGCAGCUGCUGCAGUACCGGCAGCAGGUGGAGGAGGCCAAGCGCAGGGACCACCGGAGGUUGGGCAAGGAGCUGGGGCUGUUCUCCAUCCAGAGCGAGGCGCAGCUGCUGCAGUACCGGCAACAGGUGGAGGAGGCCAAGCGCAGGGACCACCGCCGAUUGGGGAAAGAGCUCGGGCUGUUCUCCAUUCAGCUGCUGCAGUACCAGCAGCAGGUGGAGGAGGCGAAACGGAGGGACCACCGGAGGUUGGGCAAGGCUUCCCCACAGGCGUGUUUUGAGUUGACUGGAGCACUGGAGGAAGGAGCACCUGAGGCGGGGGUACGAGCUGCUGUAGCCUCCCUUGACGCAGGGGGAGGAUUGGUGUUCUGGCACCUGAGGGGGGCACUGGAGGAAGGAGCAUAUGAGGCGAGAGAGGACGCGGGUGGAGGAUUGGUGUUCUGGCAUCCCAGGGGGGCGAGAGUAAGGGCGAUGAUAGAGGAGCACUGGAGGAAGGAGCAUUUGAGGCGGGGGUACGAGCUGCUGUACACGCCGCACAUGGCCAAGCUGGACCUGUGGAAGACCAGCGGGCACUAUGAGUUCUACCGGGAAAACAUGUUUGACCAGCUGCUGUACACGCCGCACAUGGCCAAGCUGGACCUGUGGAAGACCAGCGGGCACUACGAGUUCUACCGGGAAAACAUGUUUGACCAGAUGGAGGUGGAGGAGGAGCAUUAUCAGAUCCGACCCAUGAACUGCCCCUUCCACAUCAUGCUCUACAACGACUCGCUGCACUCCUACCGCGACCUGCCUAUAAGGUGCGACCGCCCCAUGAACUGCCCCUUCCACAUCAUGCUCUACAACGACUCCGUGCACUCCUACCGUGACCUGCCCAUCAGGUGGGUGCCUCCACAUCAGGUGGGUGCCUCCCCAUCAGGUGGGCGGAGCUGGGCACGGUGUACCGCUAUCAGCGCUGCUGCCCAGGCUCAAGGCCCAUCCUCCCCUUCUUGUCCUCUUCCCCCUUCCCACCCCCCCACAUCCCAUGCGCUCAGGUGGGCGGAGUUGGGCACAGUGUACCGCUAUGAGCGUUCGGGCACGAUGCACGGGCUCUUCCGCGUGCGCGGAUUCACCCAGGUGGGCCUCACUGCCUUUCAGGUGGCCGUUCAGGUGCGUGGAUUCACCCAGGACGACGCAUAUAUCUUAUGCCUGCCCUCUCAAAAUCGGGACGAGAUGCGCGGUGUGCUGGACCUCACAGAGGCCAUGCUCACACACCCACACCCACGCCAUCCCCCGCCUCUUCCCCCCCUGGCUCCCAGCCCCCCUGCCUUCCUCGACGACGCACACAUCUUCUGUCUGCCCUCCCAAAUCAGGGACGAGAUCCGUGGGGUGCUGGACCUCACAGAGGCGAUGCUGACGGACUUUGGCUUCCAGCAGCUGGAAAUCAACCUCUCCACCCGCCCGGAGAAGUCUGUUGGGGAUGAUGCCAUCUGGGAGCAGGCCACUCAGCAGCUCGAGAUCAACCUCUCCACCCGCCCGGAGAAGUCUGUCGGGGAUGACGCCAUCUGGGAGCAGGCCACGCAGGUAAGGGGGUUACAGCAGGCUGCACAUGUGAAAGGGGGAGGCUGGGGGGGUGGGAGGGGAGGCACGUGGAGAGGCAUGUGUUCCCACGUCUCUUGGCUUCCAGCAGCUCGAGAUCAACCUCUCAACUCGGCCAGAGAAGUCUGUUGGGGAGUCUGGGAGCAGGCCACGCAGGUAGGUUGGGGCAGGCACAGGCAAAGGCACACGGGUGUGCUCUUUGGCUUCCAGCAGCUCGAGAUAAACCUCUCCACCCGCCCGGAGAAAUCCGUCGGGGAUGACGCCAUCUGGGAGCAGGCCACUCAGGCGCUGAGGGAGGCGCUGCAAGACAAGGGGUGGGAUUACACCGUGGAUGAGGGUGGAGGAGCGUUCUAUGGGCCCAAGAUAGAUGUGAAGAUCAUGGAUGCCAUUGGCCGCAAGUGGCAGUGCUCCACCAUCCAGGUGGACUUCAAUCUGCCGCACCGCUUCAACAUGGUCUAUGCGGAUGCGGACGGCACUCGCCGCCCGCCCAUCAUGAUCCACCGCGCCAUCUUUGGGUCCCUGGAGCGGUUCUUUGGCAUCCUCAUUGAGAACUACGCGGGCGACUUCCCCCUCUGGUUUGCGCCCACUCAGCUGCGCCUGCUGCCAGUCACAGACUCCGAGGUCUCCAUCGAUGUCAGAACAUUAUAG